AUGAGCAAGUCCAACCCCGCCUUUCAAGAUACAAGCCAUAAGAUAGAUGAAAUUCAUAGAUUUACCUCAGCUCGAUGGCUCUGGGGCGAGCACCAGCAGCUUGAAGCGCGCUAUGUCAAAUUUGACAUGCACGAGCUUCUCAGAGUUGCUGCCACCGCACUGGGAUCGAAUUCAUGCACCAAAAUCCUCAAGGUCUCUGAGGGACAGCACAGUAAAGUAUUUCAACUAACAAUGGAUAAUGGCCAUGAGGUUAUUGCAAAGCUACCAAAUCCCAACGCAGGGCGGCAGCAUUUUAUCACCGCUAGCGAGGUGGCAACGAUGGAUUUUUUGAGGAAUGCUCUACAUUUCCCAAUUCCCAAGGUUUACGCCUGGAGCUCCAAAUCUGAUAAUUCCGUUGGGGCCGAGUACAUUAUCAUGGAGAAACAGUCGGGCAUAAUGCUUGGUGAUGUCUGGACCACUAUGAAAGGAAAACAGAAAGCUAGUAUUGUCCAACAGGUUGUUGAAUUUGAAAAAACUCUUACGUCGACAAAGUUCACGAAAAUAGGAGGUCUCUAUUACAAGGAGGACCUCCAUACAUCCUCAAAAAGAGAUUCACCGCUCUACGUUGAUGGCAAUGGUAAUGAUGUGUAUAGCGCAGAGUUUGAGAUUGGGCCCACAAACCACCGUUCUUUCUUUGAUUUUGGCAAAGGCGGGCUUGAUAUCGAUUGUGGACCAUGGCCUAAUGUUACUACAUACCUGGAGGCCAUUGCCAAAAGAGAGGCUGCAUGCGUAAAGGCUGGCUUGAAAUACCCCAUCUUUCCAGAAGGACUCUUCUAUGGGCCUAGACAGUACCAACCAACUGCGGCCAAAAAGCUUUCAGCACUGGAUAAUUACCUGAAGGUCUCAAAAUAUAUCUUACCGGAUAAUAAAGCGGUCCAUGAUUCGGUUCUGUGGCAUGGGGACUUACACUCUCAAAAUAUCUUCGUUAGUCCCGAAGAUCCGAGCCGAAUUGUUGGCAUCAUCGAUUGGCAAUCUGUCAGUGCUUGCCCGCUUUUCAUGCAAGUCACUCGCCCUGGUUUCUUGGACUAUGACGGCCCGACUCCUAAGGAGCUCGCACGAGUUAGUUUGCCUCCGAAUUUUGACAGUAUGUCUGCGGAAGAACAGGUUGAAGCGAAGGCGCUCUAUCAAUCCCAAACACUACACAAUCUAUACCUGGCCUUAACAGUUCGAUCAAACCCGGUGGCCUUUCAGGCUCUCCAAGGACAUAAUACGCCUCGACAACAAGCCAGCGUUCUGCCGGGGUUAAUACUGACAGACUGUGAGCCAUGCCUUAACAGCUUAUUGAGAGACAUCAAGGACUCAUGGCCCGCGAUCGUUGGUGUAGGCUCAGAUGGAAAUCCUAGUGUUCCCUGUCCUUUGGAGUUUUCUGCUGCCGACGUUGAACAGCAAGAACGGGAUGUGGAGCUCUGGGCGCAGGGAGUUGAGCUUAUGAAUGAGUUUAUCAAGGAAACUGGAGGGUUCAAGCAUUGGGAUGGUAGAGUUGAAACUGCGAACUAUGACCUUUCAAAGAGGCAACUAGUCGAGGGAAUCAACAACUUCCUAAACCGUGAAGCUAAGAAUGAGGAGGAGCGUGAGGCCUGGCUUAAAGUGUUACCAUUUGCGGACUCAGAUGGAGGGCCGUAG